GGAUCCCAAAGCGCUGGCCUCCCGUCUUCCGGCCUGUCCUGAGCAGCUGAGCGCUGUAAAUGGCAGGGUCGGGCCCGUAAAACUUGGCAGGCAGCAAUGGAUGACUUCUGGGCCCUGCGUCCCACGUAUGACUCCGCCAUACAGAUCAACUCCACGUCUAUGAACUCGCCACCACCACAUUCAACUCUCAACUCCAUGGUUGGUCACCCGUCAGUCAUCGGAUCCUCGCUCAACCUCUCCAGAUCCCUGACCUCCUCAAUGGGCAGCCUGAACUCCGCCAUGAACGGCCUGGGCUCCCCCUACUCUGUCAUAACCUCCUCCAUAGGCUCGCCCUCCGUUUCUGUGCCCUCCACCCCAGGCAUCGGCUUCGGAGCGCUCAACUCCCCACAGAUGAACGCGCUGAACAAUGUGAGCAGCACGGAGGAUGUGAAGCCGCCGAUGGGCCUGUCAGGCCUGGGCAACAUGAAUAGCUACAACCAAUGCAGCUCUGCCUCGCUGGCCAAACACAUCUGUGCCAUCUGUGGUGAUCGCUCCUCAGGGAAGCACUAUGGAGUGUACAGCUGUGAGGGGUGUAAGGGUUUCUUUAAGCGGACGGUGAGGAAGGACCUGACCUACACGUGCCGGGACAGCAAGGACUGCACCAUCGACAAGCGCCAGCGGAACCGCUGUCAGUACUGCCGCUACCAGAAGUGCUUAGCCUCCGGCAUGAAGAGGGAAGCUGUUCAGGAGGAGCGGCAGCGGGGGAAGGAAAGGCUUGACAACGAGGUGGAGUCCACCAGCAGCGUCAACGACGACAUGCCAGUGGAGAAGAUUCUAGACGCGGAAUUGGCGGUGGAACCAAAGACAGAGGCCUACGUGGAAGCCAGUCUAGGCAAUUCGUCGAACGAUCCCGUGACCAACAUCUGCCAGGCGGCUGACAAGCAGCUGUUCACGCUGGUGGAGUGGGCCAAGAGGAUCCCGCACUUCUCCGACCUCCCACUGGACGACCAGGUCAUUCUCCUACGGGCGGGUUGGAACGAACUGCUGAUCGCCUCGUUCUCCCAUCGGUCUAUCUCAGUGAAGGACGGUAUCCUCCUGGCCACAGGUCUCCACGUCCACCGCAGUAGCGCCCACAGUGCAGGCGUGGGCUCCAUAUUUGACAGAGUUCUGACAGAGUUGGUUUCCAAGAUGAAGGACAUGCAGAUGGACAAGACUGAGCUGGGCUGCCUGAGAGCCAUCGUUCUCUUCAAUCCCGAUGCUAAAGGAUUGACAAACCCAGGAGAGGUGGAAUCUCUGAGGGAAAAGGUCUACGCGUCGCUAGAAGCCUACACAAAACACAAGUACCCCGAACAGCCCGGCCGGUUCGCUAAGCUGCUCCUGCGCCUGCCGGCACUGCGAUCAAUUGGACUCAAAUGCCUGGAGCACCUUUUCUUCUUCAAGCUGAUCGGCGACACGCCCAUUGACACCUUCCUGAUGGAGAUGCUCGAGGCUCCUCAUCAAAUGACGUGAUGGGCCCUCAGCGAGCACCCACUCGCUCACCCCGGCUCCAAAUGUCAAUCUGUAAAUACUUUUUUGCCGAUUGUGUGAAUAGAAUUGAUAUAAUGUCACCCCCGUCUCUAACUUGUAAACUACACAUAUUUUGUAUCUCGAACAAGCACAAGCAAGCAAGCUUAUUUGUUUAGCAUCUGUACAGGGAGUUUUAAACAAAAAAAAACAAAACACUUAUCGGGAGAGUUUUAGAUUAAAAUUCUAUUCAGCGAAGAAUAAUUCAGGUUUAUAAAUUCACUAGAUAUAUAUAUAUAUAACGAUCUCACACAAAAUCCUUAUCAAUCAUCUGCUCACGUCACAACAGGUCACUGUUGCAUUUUGUCUUGUGAAAGCGAGUAGCUCUGAGGAUCCCUCAGUGUCGAGAGCCUGUGUUAAGGAAAGGGACCUCCUCUGUCUUUAGUUAUCUCCCUUUGUUCACAAACCCCAGACACAGCGGUGAGAUUGAGAAUUCUGCGUUAGAUCAGCCUGAAAAUGGAAUAUUGCAGCACUGAGGAGUUGAAAUCCUUGUUCGCUCUGACUGUUCAACUUAUUUUUCUUCCUUUCCCUCCAUUUGCCCAUUCAACUUAGGAGUGUCGCCUUUGCGUUGACGGGAAGAGAGGUGUAAAGAGCAGAUAAGCAGGUAUACUAGGUAAAGCCAUGGCCAGAGGACAGGGAGGAAAGGAGGCAAAGGGAACUGGGCCGUACUGAGCAGGGCAGUGCCAGGUUUCAAACUAAGCUGGGCCAUUACUGUCAGCUCUGCGGAAAGAGAAACAGGCUCAUGUUUGCUAUCCGGUGUCCCUCCCCCAUUCCCUCCCCACCCCGCUCGAAAGUGUCAUAUGAUACAGCGUCUGGUUUGCCGGCCAGAGAUGAAAAAUCAUGUGACAGUCGCUAAAUAGGAGGAUCUUUUCAUUCUCGUUAAUAAGCAAGUAUUAAAGCGGCAGUGGUUUUAGUGAUGAGUGCCUGAUAGAAAGACUCUCUCUCUCCCCCCUCUCGCCCACAUCGCGUGGUUUACAAGCAAAAUUUGAGCAAAUUCCCAGUGUGGGAACCAUCCCCCAGCCGGAGUCAACCCCUGUACCUCAGCCCCUGUUCCCCACCGCCUGU